UCUAAUCCAUAAAUUUAAUAAUGGCUGAAUAAAUUGAUAUACUAGAUUUUAAUGAAGCUCAUAGGAACAGAAACUCGUAAAAUUAGGAUACUGAUCGAUUUUCAGUUCGUAAAAUAAAACAAUUACUAACACUCGAAGACGUAGAUUCAUGGGUGGAAUAGAUUAACAUGCCUCAAACUAGAAAUUUUGAAUACCCAUCUUCUAUAGAAAAGGCUAUAAUACAUUCUUAGAGUUUUUAUAUCCAUCCAGAUAAAAAAUUUCUGAAAGAGAACCCUAAAGUUAUUAAUUGUGAUUGUUGUGGAUAAAUGAUUAGGAGAAAGAGAUAUAAUAUAUUUACUUGUGAUAUGUAUAGCAUUUUUGCAGGAGAAUUUGGAAUAAGUAUACCCCUGUAUUUCUCUAUUAUUAAAUUGCAUUUUUUCAUUCUCUUAGCAAUAGGCUGCAUUUUCGGAAUAUAUUAUUGCUAUUUAUCAGAUAAAUAUUGCGGGUAGCUUAAUCUUAAGAAUUUCACUGAAAAUUAGCUUCAUGAAUAAUAUUGUACCUCCUUUUUGGCUGCUUAGCAUUUCUUACUCUACAAUUUUAAUCAGGAAGAGAUUGUCAACAAGAAUUAUGGGGAAUAAAAUACCUUCUACAUCUUAGGAUAUGUAGCUUACCUUAUUAUGAUGAUGACACCCCUGAUGCAUGAAGUUUUAUUGAGGUUAUAACAAAUCAAAUAUUGGAAUUAUGAUUCAUUGAAUCAUAUUCGUAUCCCAAAAUUAACUCUGUACAUCAAACAUAUCCCUAAGAAGUUCAAUGAAUAAGAAUUAUAAUUAUAUAUCCAGAAUGCGAUUGCCAGUAAAUACAAGGAUAAAAUUGGAGGUAAAUUUAUAGAAGAGAUUGUGUAUAUUUAUGACAUCCAUCCAAUAAAGGUUUUAAACGAAAAACGAAAGGAGACUUACUUAAAAAGCUUAUAAAUAGUUAAUGAACUUAAAGUGAAUCCAAAAUUAGAAUUAAAAGGAUAAUUGAUUGAUUUAGUAUUUUAGUUAAUAAAAUAAACAAGGGAUAUUUAAAAAACAUUAUAAUAUGGUUUACCCUUUACUUAAAAAGUGAUUUUGAAAUUUAAUUCAGAAUCAGUAACUAAUUUGGUUUACAAAUUUUAUGAUAAAUCAUUUUUCAAUAACUUACUUUAAAGAAUCGAAACUAUUAAAGAAUCUGCAUAAAACUAUUAGGAGUUCUAAAAGGAUAAAUUUGAAUUACAAGCGCAAUUACUAGAGUAAUCUCAAACCAACAGCUCUAAAUCAUCUAUGAUAUCUCAAUAAUCUGAUCUCUAAGAAAUGGUAAGAAGUCAAUCGGAAAUAUUCAACUAACCCUCAGAACUAAAGGCAAAGUUGAAAUAGAGUAUAAUUGAUCUUUUACAUCUACCUGAAAAUGAUGAAUAAUAAGAAAUGACUAUGUAAUAAUCUACUAUUGAUGAGAAGAAAGGGUUACACUUGCAGAGAGGAUUUCGAUAAGAUGAUAUCUUUUGGGAGCAUAUUGGUAUGCAUACAUUGAAAAGAUUCUUUUUACGACUUAUAACCACAUGCAUAACAUUGUUUGUUGGUAUCAUAAUUAUGGCACUUUUUGAAAUACUUUUUAUCAUGGAAUAACAUUUGAAAAGAUAAGAUGGCUGGGUUAGUAGCUUAAUUGUGAUAGUAAUGACAUUAUUUACUGUAUUCCUUUCUGUCUUUUCAACCAUAUUAGUUAUCUUUAUGACUAAGAGAUCAUAAAGAUCCACCUAUUCCUUAUAGGAAAAGAAUAUUAUUACAUUUAUGUCACCCAUUCAAUAAGUCUGUAUUUUGGCUUUUCCAUUCAUUUUUGUGUUAAGUAUCUUACAAAAGCAUUCUGCUUUGAAUAGCAUUGCUGUUGUAUUGGCUGUAAGCAAAUUAGCUUAAGUGAGACUCAUUUCUAAAGGAAUAAUCCACUUUUUUCAUUUAAGAUCUGUAAAAUUCAACUCUCUCAAAAAGAAAAUCCAGAAGAAUUUCAAGCCAACUUUAUAUUUUCAAAAACAAUUAAAUGAUUUAAUCACUCCUCCUCUUUUUCCUAUUAGAAGCAGAUUAUUUUAUAUUUUAUUUAUCUAUAGCACAGGUAUGAUGAUGAUAUUUUUUAAUCCUAUUAUGAUUUUAUGGUGCUUAAUAUUACAAGUCAUUUUCUUCUACUAUGAUAAAUAUAGUGUGUUGAAUGAAUACCAUUAUGACAAACUAUUUACCUUUUAACUUUAAAAAUAUUUAAUCCUAACUUAUUAAGUAAUUAUGAUUCCUAUAUAUUGUUACAUUUACGUAGUUACCUUCACAAAUACGACAUAACAUAUAGGGUCAGAUGGCUCAGUAUUUAAUAAUAUCUUAUUCUUAGCUAAUAAAUCAAUACUCGACUGUUUCCACUUUGUGGACAUUCUUAGGAUAUGGAACUUGUAUUUUAUCAUUUACCAGUUUCUUGUUUUUCAGAUAAUAAAUUGCCAAUUUCUUUGUAUUUGUAGUACUCAGAUAUUAAAAACCUUUAAGGGACUCAACAAUAUUUAAUGAGAAAUCAUAUUUCCAAAGCUACAAUGAAUAUUUUCAUGGUAAAUUAUAUAAAUAUGUUUUAGAUUUAGGAGUACAUGAACUAAAUACUAUUCUUGAGGAUACAUUUAAAAAUAUGUAGUAUAAAUCUAAAUGA